AUGGCCGCUGUCCAGGGAGCUAUUUCGAAGCGCCGCAAGUUCGUCGCCGACGGUGUCUUCUAUGCCGAGUUGAACGAGUUCUUCCAGCGCGAGCUGGCUGAGGAGGGCUACUCUGGUGUUGAAGUCCGUGUCACUCCCACCGUCACCGACAUCAUCAUCCGUGCCACCCACACUCAGGAGGUUCUCGGUGAGCAGGGUCGCCGCAUCCGCGAGCUCACCUCCCUCAUCCAGAAGCGCUUCAAGUUCCCCGAGAACUCCGUCUCCCUCUAUGCCGCCAAGGUCCAGAACCGCGGUCUGUCCGCCGUCGCUCAGUGCGAGUCCCUCCGCUACAAGCUUCUCAACGGUCUGGCCGUCCGCAGAGCCUGCUACGGUGUCCUGAGAUUCAUCAUGGAGAGCGGUGCCAAGGGUUGUGAGGUUGUCGUUUCCGGAAAGCUGCGUGCUGCCCGUGCCAAGUCCAUGAAGUUCACGGACGGUUUCAUGAUCCACUCCGGUCAGCCCGCCAAGGAGUUCAUUGACAGCGCCACCCGUCACGUCCUUCUCCGCCAGGGUGUUCUUGGUAUCAAGGUCAAGAUCAUGCGCGGCUCCGACCCCGAGGGCAAGGCCGGUCCUCAGAAGACCCUCCCUGACUCCGUCACCAUCAUCGAGCCCAAGGAGGAGCAGCCCGUCCUGCAGCCCAUGAGCCAGGACUACGGUGCCAAGGCUCUCGCCGCUCAGCAGCUCGCCGAGCAGCAGCGACUUGCUGAGCAGCAGGCCGCUGAAGGCCAGGAGGGUGCCGCCGGUGCGGAGGCUUACGCCCAGGAGUAA